UUCAAUUGUAUCGGGAACUCUGCGUUGAACGGACGUGUAAAACCAACAGUCGCAUAUUCACUUUGAAAACGACGUCAUCGGGAACGUUGUUGUCUCUGCCGAAAUCGUGUUAAACAGAAAUAGCAACAAAACAAAACAAAGAAACAACACGAAAUAUAUAAAUGCAUAUAUAUUUAAGCGUGCAUAUGUACAAAGGUAGAUAUCGAAAGCAAGAUAAAAACAAUAGCCACAAAAACCAGUGCAAAACAAACGGCGACGGCGUGCGUUGCCGCUAAAAUGUCUUAAAAAUAUAAUAUUUAAAUACUACAAAAAAAAUAUAUAUUUAAAAAAUUUGCGAGUGCAUAAGGAAAGGAGUAAAUAAUUCCCACGGCUGGAACCAGGAAUCCUAGCACAAAUCAAAAUAAACAAACCAAACACUCACAAACAACAAACGCAACCUGUAGAUCCAAAAAAGCGACGGCAACAGCGACGCUAACAGCACCAACAGCAGCAACAGCAGCAGCAGAGCAGCUGGCGUAUUGUUCGUUUUCGGAAUCGUGAAUUGAAUUUAACGUGUGUGUGUUUUUUUGUGUGGCUCGCAACGCGGAAGCUGAAAAACAAAUGCAAUUGCCUUAAAUCGGUAAACAAGAAGCAACAACUAACAACAGCAGGAGCAACAACAACAGUUGCAAGAGCGUAAUCGCUUUUACUUUUCCAACAAGGAGAUCGAGUAGAAAGAAAAAGACAAAAACGAGCUUUUCCAUCAUGUGGUGGUGCAUUGUCGAUCUGCCAAAUGGCACCCAACAAGCUGUCAAAUUGGAUACCAAAGCAAUUGGACAAGAAUGUCUCGAAAAGGUGUGCAGAGCAUUGGGCUUAACUUGUGAAAUGGAAUACUUUGGCCUGGAGCCGUGGACACACAACCAGAAAGAUACGCGCUUCCGUCAAUGGUACAACCUGAGGAAUCGUUUGCACAGCGACAGCAGCAGCAGUGGCAUUCCAUUGAUGCUGGCGCUGCGCGUCAAAUUCUGGGUUCCGGUGUACAAAAUUAUACAGCAGAGUGCGCGCAAUUUGUUUUAUAUGCAGGCGCGCAGCGAUCUGCUGGACGGACGCCUGUGUGCCCACGAUUGGAGCAAUGCGGCCAAGCUGGCGGCGCUGCUGUGUCAGGCGGAUGGACUGCGAUUCAACGAGCAAUCGCUGCGUGCCGAGUGCCCCAUGCGGAUGCGGCAGCAACAGCAGGCGUUGCAGCAGCAGCAGCAACAACAGCAGCAACACAAGCUGGAGCAGCAGCGGAAGGAGAAGGAGCAUGUGCUGAGCUUCAAGAAGCGUCGUCUAUCGAAACAGAAAUCCGUGGAGCACAUUGAAUGUGUGACACUCUCGGCGCCAACGACCAGCAUCAGCAACAACAACAACAACAACAAUAACAUCAGCAUCAACAACAUCAACAGUUUGCAGGCAUCGCCAUCGACAUCAGUUUCCGCAUCCGCCUCCAGUUCGAGCAGUCCCAGCAACAGCAGCAGCAGUCACUCGGGUCUCGACGAGCGUUUGUCCAGCAAUCCGUUGCGCAUCUACAUGGAGUAUGUGAUCCAGCUAAAUGGCGAGCCAAGCGAGCCACCAGCGGACUUUCUGCGUCAGAUUGCCGUCGAACACAGCAAAUUGGCCAAGCUGCCAAUGAGCCCCAAGUCGGCAAAGUAUUGGUUGCUGCAAGAGAUCCAAGAGCUGAGCGGCUAUGGCGAGGAGCUGUUCAGUGGCGUCACCACCAACGAGAGCGCCGGACGCUGCGACAUUGCAGUGGGCGCCCAUGGCAUCACCGUCAUACGCGGGGAGGAAAAAGAGAGCAUCCCCUUCAGUGCCAUUGCGGCGGCCAAGUCGCUGCGACGCAUCUUUAAGCUGGAGUAUGUGGACGAUCACAACGAUCGCAAGGAGCUGGAGAUCAAGCUGGCCAAGCACCCAAUUGCCGCCAGUUUGUAUCGCUCGAUCACCGAGCGUCAUGCGUUCUAUGUGUGCGAUAAAGUGCGCUGUGUGGUGACCAAUCAGUUUACACGUGAUCUCAAGGGCACCAUCGCCUCCAUGUUCAACGAGGACACGGAGCUGGGCAAACGCUACGUCUUCGAUAUUCAGCAUACGUGCCGCGAGGUGCACGAUCAGGCCAGACGCAAGUUGCACGAACGCGGGGGCGUUGUGGCCGGCAUGGCAUCGGCGAUCGAUGAUGACGAUGGCAGCGGAGUUGGCUGUGAGCCUGGCUGCGAUGGCCUCGAUGUGAUGAUCGGUGGCGAGCACAAUGCGGAUGCAUUGCUCAUGUUGAAUGGCGGCGGCGGUGGCGGUUCCAUGGCCGGCAAGAUAGAUUUGGCCAUACGCGAAAAGGAGGCGCGUGAGGCGGCGAUUGAGCGCUGCGUGGACACGCGCAUCUCCGAGGCCAUGCAGUGCAAGAUCUGCAUGGAUCGUGCGAUCAACACAGUGUUCAAUCCAUGCUGUCACGUCAUUGCCUGUGCACAGUGUGCGGCAAGAUGCAGCAAUUGUCCGAACUGUCGCGUCAAGAUCAGCAGCGUUGUCAAAAUCUAUCUGCCACCCGAACUGCGCACCAGCCAAACCGUUGCAAGCACCACCAGCUGCAGCAUCGUUGGCCAUCCAGCGGACUCACAACAACUGCAAUUGCCGGCGGAGCACUACGAACAGCUGGAUCAGAUUGAUGGCAUAGCAUCCACAUCAUCAGCAGCGGCAGCGGCAGCAGCAGCAGCUGUUGGUGUUGUGGGUGGAACAGCGGCAGCCGCAGCAGCAGCAGCGGUGGCAGCAACGCCGCCUGGUGUGGCACCAAAGGCCGCCUAGAAUUGGCUGUGCUCGCUGCUGUUCCGGCUGAUGGAAUGGGUGUGCGUGCCGAUUGUUUGAUGUGCCGUGAUCUCGUGUUGCUGUUGAAUAUGAUAUGCUAUAUAUGACCAUAACAUUAACAUUACUAGGGAACAAACCAAAAAACCAAAAGAAAAGUAUAUAUUAUGAAACAUAUGCAAGAAGAAUAACAACAACAACAACAACUUAGCUCGUAUACUCAUGUAUCUUUACUCAAGUAUUUUAUGAAUAUACAAAACCCAUGAUGCAAAUCUAUCUAUAUAUAUAUAUAUACUAUGUACUAUACUACGACUAUAAAGUGCUAUUUAACCCCCUAACUGAGACUUCACAAUCUAGCCUGUUUAGUGUUUUAGUAAUACCACCUAAACGAAAAAACAAAAAUCAAGAAAAAAAAAGAAAUCUUACUAACUAACUUAUAAUAACUAACUUAAGAGCAUAAAUAUAUAUAUACAAGAAAAUAUUUGUGAAUAGAGUGCGGCUACUUACGUCUGUUACUUACUAAUUUCUAGUUAGAAUUUUACGCCUAGAUCUAUACUUUUACGAGAUGUAUUUAUUAUAAUGCCUAACUCUUAGUAUUUAUUACGACUAAACACUACUUGGCCUAAACGCAGUCUCUAAAAAAAACAAAACAAAAACAAAAAAACAAUUCUCAUAAAUGCAUAUAAAAGCGAUAUAUACUUAUAUGCAGAAAUAUAUAUACAUACAUAUAUAUUCUCGUACAUAGUUUAUUUAGGACAAGCGUACAAUAAUAAUCGCAAGUAUAAGGAGCAAGUAGUACUAAGUACCUGCAAAACUGCUUAGAUGCGUUUCUCUGCAGCAGAUAUUAAAAACGUAGUCAAUAAUAAAUGUUAACAUGUUAUACCAA